GACAUGGACUAUAUAUUGAUGAUGAACAAUUGACAGACGCAUUAAGCCUAGAUAUUUGGGUGCUGAUGGAUAUUUGGGGUUACAACACAAUGUGGACUGAUGAGAAGCACAACAUAUACCUUGAACAUUUGGAAGUCUCAUUUGUUAAACAGCUGCACCAGUCAAUCAGUUUGCUUGACAAGUGUUCAGAUCAGGACGAGGGAGAAAGAAGCAUUUCACAAAUACAUCAAAUAAACGAUGCGCAGCCUCAUGGUUGUUGCAAAAAGAUCAAGUGCAAUAGGGGUUGUCUUCUUUCCAAUGUUUUAGCUGAUUCUGUUGGUCAUAUUGAGAGCCAGCGGUUGUAUCGUAAUAAGCGCAUCGGGAUGAAGCGUCCUGCUCGUACGCCACAGCCUCAUGGAUCGGAUACUUGUUCUUCACAUCAAAAUUCUGCCAGUACCAAAUACUGUGACUCCAAAAGAGAGGGUACAGGCCAGAAUUUUGUUGAUGAACAACAUGAAUCAAACUCAAAUACCGCAAAAAGAACAAAGGCUUUCUCACCACCGGAUUAGUCAAGAUUGAGUUACAGGGCACUUGUAUUCCCAGUUUCAUGUACAGAACUCUAGUGUUGUAGGUUAAUUAUAUCGCGUCGUGAACUGAGGAACCCUUUGAGAUCUUCAUCAACUAUAGAGAAACAGAUGACAGCUCCAGGUUUGUUUAAAAGUUCUCCGUGAUAAUAUAUCUUGUACUCCUAUUUGUUUAUAAGAUUAUUGGAUGAGUUUGGAUGUAAAAGUAAGACUAUAUUCUGAUUCUAGCUAGUUGUGAAGUAGUAGUACUACGUGGUACUAGUUCAAGAAUAUGUAUAAUAUGGAGUAUAUCUGGAGGCAAGAAACCAUUUUAUAUUUUUGUAUU